AUGACGGACACGCCCGAAAAGCGAAAAUUAGGUGAACUACGUGUGGUCGACCUAAAAGUUGAACUAGAAAAGCGCGGAAAAGAUGGAAAUGGUGUGAAAAACGUGUUGCUGGAAAGACUCACUCAGACUCUCCGCGAUGCAGGCGAAGAUCCAGAAGUGAUGGAGUUUGAAAUAUUGGUCGGUAAAACUUCAUUAAAAAAGGGUAAAGCAAAUUCUGGCGGUAAACCGGAUGAAGAAACUAACGUUGUAGAUGCUACCGUAGAUCGGAAUACCGAUGCUACGGAUGUUGCAAUCAAGCUCGAAGAAACGGUAGAUUCCUUAGACGGGGAGGUUACAGCUGAAACUAACAAGGAUUUGGAGAAGGAUAUACAAAAUGAACAGGACACUGACACCGUUCAACCAUGCCCUGCUCUGGCUGAAGAAAAUGACAAAGAAACGGUUGUCGAUAAGCAACCCAACAAGCAGCAAGUAAGUUUGGAAAAAUUCAAAUAAAAUGUGUGCAACACUUCGGAAACUAUUAAUACACCGAAACUCAUCGCAGACGGAAACUCGAAUAAACCCGUGGACAUAAAAGAGGAAUCAAAAGAAGCAGACAACGAGGAUUCGCUGAAUCUCACUAUCGGAGAAGAGGAUGAAAAAUUACUCCACGAUAGCAACAUGGAUGUAGAGCAGAAGGAGCAGGCUUCAAGAAAACCAAAAGAACAACCUGUCGAUAAUUCAAAAGAAAAUCCCUCGGAAGAAACCAAGAAAAAUGAUGACAAACGAGAGGGAAAGCUAGAAAAAAACAUCAUUCCAUCGUCUUCUGAGAAAGACGCCGCAGCAGCAAGAACAACAGCGUCUUCGGUGAUGUCAACGAGAGCUGGAGGCGAGAAAGGAACAUCAGUUUCGCCAACCAGCACCGCCACGGUCACAGCAGCUGUUGCUGUCGACAGUGAUGAAAAAACGAAAGAAGGUGUUGAUAGUGGAAAUAGUACCGCUGCGAAUGUAGGACGGAAUUUGUGGGUAUCAAGGUUGUCCUCCUUAACCCGAGCCACCGAUCUGAAGCAGAUCUUUUCAAAGUAUGGUAAAGUAAUUGGCGCAAAGGUGGUCACAAACUCCCGUACUCCAGGAACGCGGUGCUACGGAUACGUCACGAUGGCUUCGACGAAGGAUGCAACAGAAUGCAUAAGCCAUUUACACCGCACUGAACUGCAUGGGCGCUUGAUUUCGGUAGAGCGUGCCAAAUCAGAGCUAGGACCAGCACGACAAUCGACAGUGGGAACCGAUUCUUCGACCCCAAAAACCCCGAUCUCCAAUAAUAAAGGUGCGGCCGGUAUCAAAGGUGACCUGAAAUCGAAAGCUCUAUCCUCGGAGGACAAAAAAAAGAACGGUGAUGUUUCAGCGUUCGCAGUGGCAACCGUGGAUAAGGAGCGGAGUGCAUCGCAGAAGGAUAGAAAGCCUCGACCCAAUCGUCCAAUAAUGGAAGGGAAACGACAACAGCCGCCUUCAACAGACAGUAGACCACGACCAGGAACAGAGGGGGAAAAACCCUAUCAUCAGCCGCGAGUCAGCAACAUCCGGAAGAGCACCGAAGCGGUAGGAGGAUACCGUCGCAGUCGGGGUCGUAGCCGAUCGUCUCGUGAACGUCGUUCGACAACGCAGGGAUCCUCUACGCAACACCGUGAACGUGAUCGGACUCGUCAGCGUAGUCGCGAUAGCGGUCGUGGAGGGACAUCGGAUUAUUCCAGGGAUUCAAAGGAGGUACUGUCGUUGCAGAAGAUUCGCGAGGAACGAGAGCGACACAGAGUGCGCGAACGUGAACGUCAGCUGCGCGAAGAAGAACGUCGUCGACGGGAGGUCCGAGCUCGCCAACGCGAAGAAGAAGAACGACUACAGCGGGAGCGAGAAAAGCUGGCCGCAGAACGCGAACGCAUUGAAAAGGAGAAAGCGGAACUGCUACGGAUCGUGCGCGAGCGUCAGAAGCUUGAGCGAGAGAAGAUCGAACUCGAACAUCUGGAGCUGAAACAACAGCAAAGGAAAAUUGAGGAAGCUAAGAGGUCGUUGAAGCGUCCUUCGUCUGAUCGGUAUGAAGAUGAUCGCAAACGAUCGGCACCAGAUCGUCGUGUCGAGGCUCCACCACCGCCGAGAUUCGAUUCGUCAAUCUCUUCUAGUACAGGGCGUUCUAACUAUGACCGGAUUUCAUCAUCGGAAAAGAAAAGUCGCUUAGAUGACUAUUCAUCGACAUCCAAGCGCGAUGAUUUCCGAAGAGACAGCUUUAAGCGGGGAAGUGACGAUUACAGACGUGGUGGCGAUGAUUACAAGCGCGGCGGGGAUGAUUACAAACGAGAUUCCCGCGACGAUUACAAAUCCAGCGGCCGUUCGGGCGACGACUAUGGCAAACGGGAUAGUGGGUAUAGCAAACGGGACAUCGAUCGUCCUAUGUCCAGUUCUUACGAUAGUCGAGGAGCCGGCGGUAGCGGAGGUAGCGGAUUGCUUUCGCAAUCGAUGAGCAAGGAUAAUCGCUACAAUGAUCGUUCGAACGACUAUCGUGGAGGAGCCGGCGGUGGCAGCGGAGCUGGGUUAAACGGAAGUAGCGGAGGGGGUAGCCGUGGAGGAGCAGACGAUCGCGAUCGUAACAAUUCCUCCGGUAACCGGUAUGGCAACGACCGGGCGAGCGGUGGUGGCGGUUUAACUUCCGGUGGCAAUUGGCAUAAUAAUUCCGGAAUGCCACAAUUGGGCGGCAUGUCAUCGCUCGGCAACUGGGGUGACAAAUCAAACGAUAGUGCCAGCGGCGGGGGAGGUUGGAGAAACAUGGACAACGGGCAGGACCGGUACGAUCGGACGUACAACGAGCGCAAACCGAUGCAGAUGUCCUCGGGGGCCGGCGGAGGGUUCAUGGAUCAACCUCGCACGAAUCAAUUCAUGGGCGGAAAUGGUGGGGGUAGACCUCAAGAUCGCUACAGUCAAUCGAUGUCUAAUCGGUUUGAUAAUGGGCGAUACUAAAUCUUGAGGAUUGUUACUAUAACAUAUUGGAACAACUCUUACCUGUUUUCCGUUGGCAGGAAAUGGAUUGAUUAAGGUUUGUGUCUCCUUUCGAAAUAGAAGGAGCUCUUACGUAGAUUUCGGGUUCGAGCUCGAUCCAUAAUUUAAUCACUUCCUUUUUAGUUAUCAACAGUGCUUCGUAUGAUACGAAUGUUAGUUUUAAAGAUUGAGUGCAUGUGUAUACACGGUAUCCUAAAUGUAAAUUUUUAUAUUAUGAAAUAGAUUGAUUAUAACACGUAUUCAAUCUCAGUUCCAUUUGCUUCAAUUCUAGUACAAUCAACCUGUUAAUCUUGCAGCAUGAUCUUUUGUAAAAAAAAUUGCUGUCUUACCCGAGAAAACCUCGAUCAGUUUUUACUCUCCUUUGCUUUAUGUCUUUUAUUUGCUACAUUUAAUGUUUGAACAAUUCGCAGUAACUUUGUAAAUUGUUGGCAACUGUUUGAAUCAACCGGCAUGCUGGCAUUUGUCGUCGGGUGUGCUGAAACGUAUAGAGAUCAAUCUUCUCACGGUUUAAAUUCUAAAAAUGUUAACGAAAUUAAUUCGUAUAUAAUGAUGGAUUUUGAAUCGAAAGGUGAUGAAAAACUGUUGUCAAGGGAACCAUUAUUGUGUUGCCUUGCUCAUGCAGACUAUCACUAUCAAUGUAUUGAAGGUAUAUUGGUUCCUAACUCUUAACAUUUGUUUUAGCUUUUGAAUUGACGAUCAUAGCGGGAUUGUAGGAACAAACGAUUUAUAUUAAACCACGAAUGAUUCAAAUGCAGAGUAUCGUAACAUAUUGUUUAGCUUAAAUCAACAUUCAUAAGCUAAGGUUGAUAAUAAUAAAAAAACCCUAUCAGUUAAAAAUUGUUUUAACAAU